GAAGUUUUGACUUCUCCAAGUGUCCCUCACCCUUUCCCCGAAUCUUCCCCGCAAACCCACCCUUUAUCCACCUUCACACACCAUGGCUACCAACGGGAGCAACGGCUCCUUCGCCCACUACCACGCCGCCUCGACCGAGGAGGCCAUUCACGCAGAGCACGAGUAUGCUGCUCACAACUACCACCCACUGCCCGUGGUCUUUGCCCGCGCCCAGGGCACCUCCGUCUGGGAUCCCGAGGGCCGCCACUAUCUCGACUUCCUCUCUGCCUACUCCGCCGUGAACCAGGGUCACUGCCACCCCAAGUUGGUUGCGGCUCUGGUUGACCAGGCCUCGCGUGUGACUCUAAGCUCGCGCGCGUUCUACAAUGACGUCUUCCCCCGCUUCGCCCAGUUCGUUACCGAGUACUUCGGCUUCGACAUGGUUAUGCCUAUGAACACUGGCGCCGAGGCUGUCGAGACCGGUAUCAAGAUCGCCCGCAAGUGGGGUUACAAGGUCAAGGGCAUCCCCGAAAACAAGGCAAUCGUGCUGUCCGCGGAGAACAACUUCCACGGCCGUACAUUCGCCGCCAUCUCCAUGUCAUCCGACCCGGAGUCCCGUGAAAACUACGGACCAUAUCUUCCUGGCAUCGGCAGCACUAUUCCCGGCACCGAGAAGCCCAUCGCCUACAAUGACAAGGUCGCCCUCCGCGAAGCCUUUGAGGCGGCCGGCCCCAACUUGGCUGCCUUCCUGGUUGAGCCCAUCCAGGGCGAGGCUGGUAUUGUCGUCCCGGAUGUGGACUACCUUCAGGAAGCUCGUGCUCUGUGCGACAAGCACAACGUGCUCCUGAUCUGCGACGAGAUCCAGACUGGUAUUGCCCGCACCGGUAAGCUCCUCUGUCACGAGUGGAGCGGCAUCAAGCCCGACAUGGUCCUUUUGGGCAAGGCCAUCUCGGGUGGUAUGUACCCCGUCUCGUGUGUUCUUGGCCGCAAGGACGUCAUGCUUACCAUUGAGCCCGGCACCCACGGUUCCACCUACGGUGGCAACCCUCUCGGCUGCGCUGUGGCCAUCCGUGCUCUGGAGGUCGUCAAGGAGGAGAACAUGGUUGAGCGCGCCGAGAAGCUUGGCCAUGUGUUCCGCCAAGGGUUGGAGGAUCUGAAGAGCCCGCUGAUCCAGACUGUCCGCGGCAAGGGUCUGCUUAACGCCAUUGUAAUCGACGAGUCCAAGGCCAACGGUCACUCUGCCUGGGACCUGUGCAUGUUGAUGAAGGAGAAGGGUUUGCUGGCCAAGCCCACUCACCAGAACAUCAUCCGUCUGGCUCCACCGCUGGUCAUCACCGAGGAGGAGAUCCAGCAGGCCUUGAACAUCAUCAACGAGGCUGUGACCGAGCUCCCUACCCUGAAGGGUAAGGCCGAGGACAAGGUCAUUCCCCCUCCGGAGAAGAAGGUCAAGAUCGGCGUGGAGAACUAG